GUUUGUCGCUUGUGAAGAACCACACUGGUCUCGGAAUUAAAUUGAAAUCAAUUUGAACUGUUGUGCCCACGUCCACGUUCAAUUGCAUUGUCUGUUGCGCCUCAAUCAUGCUACGGAGACUUCUUUUACCCACCCUUAUCGUCCUUUUCUUUAGUCUAAGCAUUGCGGAGGAUUCCCCUCCUUCCCCAGAAACUCUCUCAAAAUCCCAACCCCAGCGAAGGUCCCCACCUAAUAAAUAUUUAGCGCACAUCUUCACUAAAUACGGAAGUCGUGGAGAGAUUUCUUUUGAGGGCCUAGAACACUUGAUGCAUAGCCUAGAACUUGGAGGCUUAGAAUUUCUACCAGGACACACAGUUGCUGAACACCUUGAGGCAUCAUCUUUAGCCCCAUCACUUCAAACUACCUCCGCAGAAGAAGACGAUCCAAAUCACGAAGCCGAUGUUGCAGUAAAUAGGAAUGAGAUAAGAAGUGAUUUGUGGCAUGAUGUUUCCUGGCCAGAAAUGACUUUCAAGGAAUUGCACGAUCCCAAACAUCGUCACAGACGCCAUCAUGGUAAAUAG